UAAACUUAAUUUGUAUUUUUUUACAGAUGGAUGCUUUAAAAGUAGGGAGAUAUAAAAUAAACAAGUCAUAUAUAUAUGUAGCACUGGUCUGUUUCAUUGCAUUAUCAUUUUACUUGGACUACAUCGUAUUAUUCGAUCCAAAUGCAACCAAAAAACAGUUGCAAUAUCAUUACGAAGCAAACCGAGUGACUUGCUUUGGAAAAACGCAAGAACGAAACCGUUUAAUCGGAGACAAAACAAGCCGAACUAAAUUGUUGUCGUAUUUAAAGCGGCCUACAUGCAAUAACUUGUUAAGAAACAUUUCGUUGGGUAAUUGGGUAUUACGGAAACCUAUUGACUUUGCAUUGAGGCAGGAAUUGGAUUCUAUACAUGAUAACUAUAGGAAAGAAGUUGGGAUACCUGUACAACCAUGGCGCAGUGAUGGUCGUUGUGGAUAUAAAGUAAUGGGAACGGCUGGUAAAAAGAAUUGGCCGCGAGUGGCAAGUUUCUGCGACCCAAAGAGUAACAGGCAGUGCUGCACUGAUUGGAACAGUGGGGUGUGUGUGGCAAUCUCUACUACACAGCAAUGCAACUGCCUUGGGUGUGUGAACACUGAGAAGUAUUAUACAGACGCACUUGAAUCUACAUGGGUAACUAAUGAUAACAGGUGCAAAUGGGUGAACUACACCCAACUUGAGGCAUGUGCUGUGUUAAAUGAACUUUCUGACCAACAGCAUAUGGCUGAAUUAUAUUUUGUGGGAGAUUCUCUUAUGCGAAACAUGUUUAUGGGCUUUGCGUUGCUGUUAAGUGGAGAAUUGAAAAGAGGUCUUUGGAAAACUUGCCUCUCAAAGGAACUAAACCAAACAUGCCAAGGAGACAAUCAAUUUGUAUUAAGAAGAUGUCACAGUAUUGCUGUGGCCCAUUCAUUAGAUGAGAUGGGGCAUAACAAUGGUAUUUUAUGUGGUGGGCAUCGAUACUUCAAUGUAUGGUAUAAAGAUUAUGGAAUGCCAUCACAAAGUCAAGACUUUAUUAAAUUUGUGCAAGAAAUAUCUGGGAAGCCUAACACAUAUGUUGUACUUGGAGUAGGUUUACACUUUCAACUACAGAGCGAUAAAACAAUUCAAAGUUUUUUGGACCCAGUAUUUAAAAUGCUUGGUGAAGCAAAGCAAGUCUGGCCCAAAAUCAUAUGGGUUCACGCUCUCAGUAUUGGGUUACUGAAGCCACCAACAUACCACAAACUACAGGGAACUAACGCAAUCACACGUUUUGUUGCUGAGAUAGAAAGUUACCUCAAACUACACCAAGUGCCAAGCUUGGAUUUUCGAAGUAUUACCGCAGAAGUAAGAAGUUAUGAUGGAACGCAUUAUGGUAGUGGAGUAAACAUUAUGAAAGCACAAAUACUUUUAAAUUAUUUAUCAACACUUUCAUUGCACACCUAAAACUCUUCCAACAGUUUUUCUAUGCGGAUUGCAAUUUUAUUUCUUUUUUGAAGUGAUAAACUUUCCAGUUAGAAUAUCUCAGGCAUUUUUUACUCAAUUUUAGUCCAUUUUGAGAUUUAUUAUUGUAUUUGUUUCAUAAUAUGUUCGAUACUUUAACCUGGUAUGGCAAAAUCAGAUAUAAAUGGUAUUACUUUUUUAAUCUGCAUGAAUACACUGAAAUUAUAGUUUUAAAGUUAUACUCUUUUGCAAUGUUAGAUGGCUCCAUUCAUAAUUUGCAAUUUAUUUUACUACAGCACUACAAUUCGUUAUUGAGAAAAUUACAUUAAAAUAAAGUUAACUCACCGAGUA